AUGAGCAUUCACUCUUACUGGGCUCAGGUGUUUGUGUUGCCUAAACAUGUGUUACACACAGUGGAGUCAAUCUGUAGAGCCUUUCUAUGGCAAGGUACCUAUUUUAGCUCUAAACCAGGAUAUGUAGCUUGGGGAAGAGUGUGUUCUGCGAAGAAAGAAGGGGGGUUAGGGAUCAGAAAUGUUCAGAUAUGGAAUAUUGCUGCACUGGGGAAGUAUGUCUGGGCUAUUGCUAAAAAACAGGAUUCCUUGUGGGUGAGAUGGGUGAAUGCCAUCUAUAUUAAAGGGGGGAAUUGGUGGGAGUAUCAGCCAAGGGCUGAUAGUGUAAAAAAGGUCUAUCAGCAAUUACUUCAGCACACUCAGCAUGUAUCUUGGUGUAGUGCAGUCUGGAAUAGAUCAUCUAUUCUAAAAACCAGAGUCAUUUGCUGGUUGAUGUUACAAGGUAGACUUCAGACAAGAACCAGAUUGUGUAAGUUUGGGGUGUGUGAUACUACAAGUUGCCUUUUCUGUGACAGUCAUGAGGAGACUCAUGUGCAUCUGUUUUUUGACUGUCUAUACAGUAGGAAGUGUCUUUUGGAGGUUAAGCAAUGGCUGGGAAUACCAGUGAACAUUGUUAGAUAUAUGGCUUUGAUGAGAUGGAUACACUGGAAGAGUAGAGGAUGCAAAUUUCAGAAGCAUGUCAUGUAUGCUGCUAUUAAUGCAACAGUUUACACAAUAUGGAGAGCUAGAAAUGAGGUUCUUUGGAACCAAAAGCUUCCUACUGUGACUCAUACAGUUAGAUUUGUACAGCAAAGUGUAAUAGAUAGAAUGCAGCAAUUAGGGAUUCCCAGAAUCAGUAGUAGAGUCCAGGAUUGGUGGCAGAGUAAAAUGCUUGUAUAG